GCAAACUUGCUGAAUUGCAUUUUUAUGUAGAGCGACUGGCGAUCGAAUCCCCUCCGUUCCCAGUCGUCUCGUGAACUUUAUCGGUUACGCACAUAUAUGUAUUAUAAAUUAUUCCAUUGGCAAUAAAUCUAUCAGGAAGUUAUUCGUUUCACUCCCUAAGCCCCACCAGCACACCCGACACUGGUGACCCGCGAAAAAGUGAACAAAAGUGUAGUAGUAAUUUCAGACUCAAAAUUUAUUGUGAAAAAUGAACCCACAAGUGCCACCUCAAAUUGACCAGCCUGUUAAAAUUCCGGUACCACCGCCCGCCGUCGCCGGUACUUCGACCAUGGCGGACACGGAAGAGAAAUUAGGAUAUGGGUUGUCUGCAAUUAGCCUAACCAAUAAAAUUCCGGAUUUUUGGGCAGAUCAACCGAGGGUUUGGUUUAUUCGAACAGAGGCGAUAUUAGCACCACAGAAAAUGGGAGAUGAUUCUAAAUUUAAUAUCGUCGUAUCAAAAUUGACUAAGGAUGCCAUUCAACAAGUAUCCGAUUUACUUAUCGAUCCACCAAAAACUAACAAAUUCGAAAGUCUGAAGGCCAGAUUACUACAAAUUUACGAGGAGUCAGAAAACAGGAAAAUACAGAAAUUGAUCGGGGAAAUGGAGCUUGGGGAACAAAAGCCUUCCCAGCUAUUGCGCCGCAUGCGCGAUCUCGCAAGGGGUAAGAUUCCUGACGAAACCCUUCGUAUAUUGUGGCAAGGUCAUCUGCCACCAGCGGCGAGAGCUGUUCUUGCGGUGACGGAGAAUGUGGAUUUAGAAAGUUUGUGUGACAUUGCCGAUAAAAUCCAAGAGACGACUCGGCCUGAGAACGUCGCCGAGGUUUCCCAGGUCUCAUCAGAUCAGUGCGACAAAAUUAUGGCAGAGAUAGCCAAAAUAAAUGUUCGGUUGAACCAAAUGGAUACGAGGUCAAGGUCAAUCCAACGCGACAGAGGUAAUAAACGUUCAUCAUACCGUACGCGCAGCGCUUCCCGGCAGCGUACACCCAAUAGCCCCGAUUGGCUCUGUUUCUACCACUACCGAUUCAAGAAUCGUGCCAAGAAAUGUGAGAAACCAUGUGCUUGGAAAACUCCGGAAAACUAACGAGAGUGCAGCCAGUGGCGGAAGUCUGCACCGUUUUGCCAUCCCACCGCCUUUGCGUAACAGAUUUAAAUAGUGGACUACGUUUUUUAGUGGAUACAGGUGCUAACGUUUCGGUGAUUCCACGCAAAAAAAAAUCCUUUAGUGAUAGUGAGUGCUCGGAUUACAAACUGUAUGCAGCGAACGGAACAGAGAUAAAAACGUACGGCUCUCAAACUUUAGUGUUAAAUUUGAACCUAAGGCGUUGUUUUCGUUGGACAUUUGUAGUCGCGAAUGUGAGUCAGCCGAUUAUUGGAGCAGAUUUUUUAGAACAUUUUAAACUGCUUGUGGACUUGAGUGCACGUAAGUUAGUCGACAAAACUACCAGUUUAGGCGUUAUAGCGUCGCUCGUGUGUCACAAUAGUGAACUUCCGAUAAGUACAAUAGAUAUGCAACAGCCGUUUUCGGAUUUAUUACAGCGAUAUUCAGAGAUUACGAAGCCAUUAUCGUUUAAAGAACCAGCUAAACACACGGUAUACCAUCACAUAGAGACAACAGGCCCGCCUGUUUUUGCAAGAGCGCGACCCCUUCCACCGGAUAAAUACAAUAAGGUAAAAGAAGAGUUCCGUAUUAUGCAGGAGCUGGGGAUUUGCCGGCCUUCAAAAAGUCCUUGGGCCAGCCCACUCCACGUCGUGCCGAAGAAAAACGGUGAGUUGCGACCUUGUGGCGAUUAUCGUAGACUUAACGCUAUAACGAUUCCCGACAGGUACCCUAUUCCUCGCUUGCAGGACUUUACAUAUCUUUUAGCAGGAAAGAAAAUAUUCUCUAGUCUUGAUAUAAAAAGAGCCUACCAUUUUAUUGAAAUCGCGCCUGAGCAUGUUGAGAAAAGUGCAGUUAUUACACCUUUUGGCUUAUAUGAGUUUCCUAGAUUAAUUUUUGGUUUACGUAAUGCAGCACAGUCAUUCCAGCGUUUUAUGAAUAAUACUGUACUACACGGUCUCGAUUUUGUAUAUUGUUAUAUCGAUGACGCAUUAAUAGCUAGUAGUGACGCAAUCACCCAUAAAAAGCAUCUAGAGAUAGUAUUUCAAAGAUUUGUAAAGUAUGGUAUCUGUAUCAACCAGGCUAAGUGUAAUUUCGGCAAAGAAAAAUUAGAAUUCCUAGGCUAUCAAGUAUGUACUGAGGGGAUACGACCUUUGGAAGACAAGGUUCAGGCAAUUAAAGAUUACCCAAAACCGGAAACAAUUGCGCAAUUACGUCGUUUUUUGGGUAUGCUCAAUUUUUAUCGAGCUCAUCUUCCAAACGCCGCAUCUUAUCAAUCCGAACUUAAUAAGUUUUUACACGGUGCUAAAAAAAAUGACAAAACUGUCAUACAAUGGUCGGACGUAGCUAUAAGAGCUUUUGAACAAUGUAAGGUGAGUUUACAAAACGCCUGUACUUUGUUCCAUCCAGUAGCAGACGCACCGUUAGCACUUAUGACGGACGCCUCAGACACAUGUGUUGGUGCAGUAUUGCAGCAACACGUGGGCGGUACCUGGAAGCCGCUAGGUUAUUAUUCCAAGGCUUUAUCAUCGGUUCAACGUAAGUAUUCUACUUAUGAUCGCGAGUUACUCGCUAUAUAUAUGGCUAUAAAACAUUUUAGGAACCUGCACGAAGGAAGGUCUCUCAUCAUAUACACAGAUCAUAAGCCGUUAGUUUACGCAUUUUCUAAAAUAGGUACCGAUAAGGAGACACCUAGGCGAACAAGACAACUUAUUUAUAUUAGUGAAUUUUCUACCGACAUUCGUCAUAUUGAAGGUCCAAACAACGUAGUAGCCGACGCACUAAGCCGCGUAGAAUCAAUAACGUGUCCCACGACUGUAGAUUUCGCAGCGUUGGCAAAAGCUCAGUCCCACGAUGAGUUUAUAACAAACAACGGAUCGGAUAACAUUCAGCUGAAACACAUUUGCUUACCUAACUGUAACUAUAAUUUAUAUUGUGAAUUAUCAACAGGCAAUGUUCGUCCAUAUGUACCAAACAAAUUUCGUAGGAUAGUUUUUAAUAGCGUACAUAACCUUAGCCAUCCGGGAAUAAGAAACACACGUAAAUUAGUUAGUUCAAAAUUUUUCUGGCCAACCAUGAACCGAGAUGUA